AUGCUGAAGCAGAGCGAGAGGAGGCGCUCUUGGGGCUACAAGCCCUGGAGCACGGAUGGUGAGGAUGCGCCAAGCACCGGGGGCGGCCACCACCGGCCCAGCAUCUGCUCGGUGAGCGCGCGCUCCGGCUCCCAGGCUAGCAUCCCGCCGUGGACAGAGGGCAACUACAACUACUACAUCGAGGAGGACGAGGAUGGCGAGGAGGACGACCAGUGGAAGGAGGACCCCACCGAGGAGGCCAGAAGCGCGCAGGAGGCCGGUCAGGAUGACACCCCGGCCCUGUCGUCCACGCUGCACGUGAACGUGGGCGGCCAGAGCUACCACCUGGACUACAGCGAGCUGGCCUGCUACCCCAAGACGCGCCUGGGACGCCUGGCCACCUCGACCAGCCGCAGCCGCCAGCUGGGCCUGUGCGACGACUAUGAGGCACGCACGGAGGAGUACUUCUUCGACCGUGACCCCGCGGUCUUCCAGCUGGUCUACAACUUCUACUCGUCGGGCGUGCUGCUGGUGCGCGACGAGCUGUGUCCCCGCGAGUUCCUGGAGGAGCUGGGCUACUGGGGCGUGCGCCUCAAGUACACUCCGCGCUGCUGCCGCAUCUGCUUCGAGGAGCGGCGGGAUGAGCUGGCGGACCAGCUCAAGAUCCAGCGCGAGCUGCGCGCACAGGCGCAGGCUGAAGAGGCCGAGGAGCAGUUCCAGCACAUGCGCUUCUAUGGCCCACAGCGCCGCCGCCUCUGGAACCUGCUGGAGAAGCCCUUCUCGUCCGUGGCGGCCAAGGCCAUCGGCGUGGCCUCCAGCCUCUUCGUGCUGGUCUCCGUGGUGGCGCUGGCGCUCAACACGGUGGAGGAGAUGCAGGGCGGGCGCGGGGCGCGCGGAGGCGGGCGGCCGCUGCUGGAGCACGUGGAGCUGCUGUGCAUCGCCUUCUUCACGCUCGAGUACCUGCUGCGCUUGGCCUCCACGCCCGACCUGCGGCGCUUUGUGCGCGGCGCGCUCAACCUGGUCGACCUGGUGGCCAUCCUGCCGCUCUACCUGCAGCUGCUGCUGGAGGUCAUCACGGGGGAGGACGGCCAGGGCUCGGCGCACGAGCACGACCUGGAGACGGUGGGCCGCGUGGGCAAGGUGGGCCAGGUGCUGCGGAUCAUGCGCCUCAUGCGUAUCUUCCGCAUCCUCAAGCUGGCGCGCCACUCCACGGGGCUGCGCGCCUUCGGCUUCACGCUGCGCCAGUGCUACCAGCAGGUGGGCUGCCUGCUGCUCUUCAUUGCCAUGGGCAUCUUCGCCUUCUCGGCUGCUGUCUACUCCGUGGAGCACGACGUGCCUGGCACCAACUUCACCAGCAUCCCCCACUCGUGGUGGUGGGCCGCGGUGAGCAUCUCCACCGUGGGCUACGGAGACAUGUACCCUGAGACCCACCUGGGCAGGCUGUUUGCCUUCCUCUGCAUCGCCUUCGGCAUCAUCCUCAACGGGAUGCCCAUCUCCAUCCUCUACAACAAGUUCUCCGACUACUACAGCAAGCUCAAGGCCUACGAGUACACGGCCAUCCGCCGGGAGCGCGGCAACGUGGACUUCCUGCCCAGGGCCAGGAAGAAGAUGGCCAAGUGCUUGGCUAGAAGCACACCCCAGGCCACCCCCAGGUGA